CUUCAACACGUUUAAACCGGAAGGAAGCAGAUUUCAAAAUACAAACCUCUUCAAGAAAAUGGCGGAAGUCGUGGAGCUGCAUAAACUCAAGUUGGCUGAGCUGAAGCUAGAAUGCACGGCUCGAGGGCUGGAGGCCAAAGGAAAUAAAGGAGAUCUGAUUGCCCGGCUGCAGGCUUACCUGGAAGAGCACGAAGAAGUGAAUGAAGAGGAAGUUCUGGGAGUGUUUGGGGAUGGCGAUGGCGAGGCUGAGGAGUCUUUUACCAAAGAAGAGAGCACUGACCAGAAGGAAGAGCUUAGUCCACCUGUAACGGUGGCUGAGAAAAAGCUGGUUAAGAUGAACCCUCCUGCUACAGUUGGUGAGAGGCUUCAGAAGAGAGCGGAGCGCUUCAAUGUCCCGCCGAGUGGGGACACCAAAAAGGCAGCGCGAGCAGCAAGGUUUGGGUUGCCAGAACCUGAACCUUCCAAAGGAACUUCAGCGAAAAUAAGUGUUGACGUUGAGGUAUUAAAGAAGAGAGCAGAACGUUUUGGCAUGAAUGUCUCCUCAGUUUCUAAAAAGGUUGAGGAUGAUGAAAAGCUUAAGAAGAGGAAGGAGAGAUUCGGCAUCGUCACGAGUGCAGCCUCCGCUGGAGCCGAAGAUUCAGAGGCCAAGAAGCGGAAACGUGCUGAGCGGUUUGGAAAUGUAUAGACAAAUGGAUCUGAUCUUUUUUUUUAUUACUUUUUUUAAAAUGAAGAGUUCUUGAUUGAUUUUGUGAUACACAUGUAAUCCCUGUAGUGCUGUUUUUCUUUCUUUCUGCUCUUUACAUUAAAAGUUACCCCGUUCCUUACUA